AUGGACAAAACAGAACAAACAUUGAGAGAAACACUCGAAAAAGUUGCGAAAGAACAUGGCUAUGAAAACUAUCAUAUAACUCACAAAGCAAUUUCAACCGAGGGAGACAACUACACCACUGUAUUAUAUCAAGCAUCUAUAAAAGCUCCAGAGAAAGAGGAACUCAAAUUAUUCGCGAAAGUCGCUUCCGUUGGAGAAAACCUGAGAGCGGUCACGCCUUUAAAGUUAUUUGAAACAGAGAGUGUGUUCUACAACAAGUUGAAUGAAAAAUAUAAAGAGUUAGAAGACAAAUAUGAUAUACCCGCAGAACACAGAUUUAUAACACCGAAAUUCUACGGCGAAUCAAAGGAAUAUCUGAAAGAAACUUUGGUGUUAGAAGAUUUAACAGCUCAGGGUUUCACGACACAUGACAGAUUUAAAUCUAUAGAUUGGGAGUACGCUUCCAAAGGCUUAGAAAAUCUUGCAAAAUUUCACGCUUUAUCAAUAUCGUUCUCUGUAUAUGACCCAGAUUUCAAAGAGAUGGCUGUUCUGAAAGGACACCGUGAUGUGGAUGCAACGAUAGUUUACUUUAAGAACGUCAUAAAAAAUGCUACUCAAGUGACCAAGGAAGCGAACAGAGAACGUUUUUCCAAAUUUAUGAACGAAUUAGCUGAUAGUAAAGACAUUGACAGAUUUUAUAGAUAUCGCAAGCGGCCUAUUAUAAUUCAUGGUGACUACAGGCCAAGCAAUUUAAUGCACAGGAUUUUAGACAACGGUAUCCAGAUAGUGGCCGUGGAUUACCAGACCCUGGAAAUGGCGAAUCCAAUUAUUGACAUCUUAUUCUUUAUAUUCGUUGGAUCUGAUAAGAAGUUCCGGGAAAAACAUUUCCACCAAGCCUUAAAUCAUUACUAUGACGAAUUGUCCAAAGCUCUAAAGAGAUUUAGGCUUAACCCUGAUGAAGUAUACUCCAGGGAGGAUUUCGACAUCGACUUCAAAGAGGUUUUGCCCAUGGGUCUGUUGCUGAGCGUGUUCUGUUUGCUGAUAGUGACCGUCCAGAAGGAAGACGUUCCUGUGAUCAAGGAGGACCUCGUCAUUGAUGACUUUUCUAUCGACCCUAACGUGAUGUACGCCGAGCGACUCAAUGACGUGAUAGACGACUAUGUUAAUAUGGGAGUUAUUUAA